AUGUCCUCCACCCUCACUCGUUUCCUCCGCGUCACCAGGCUGGUCCUUUCGUUGUCAUUGUCUGUAGUAGCUGCAUCGUUCCUCCCCGUCGCACUCGCCCAUGGGGACUCCUCCUCCUCCUCCUCCUCCUCCUCCUUCGGUGCCGCUGUUGUCGCCCCUACCCCCGCCUCCGCCAGCUCUGCACACGCAUCAAUGGUGCCCUACCUCCACUUCACCCCGGGGGUAGACACGAUCUUCUUCCUAGGCUGGGUGCCGCGCAGCGCAGGCGCGAUCGUCGGGACGUGUAUUGGGCUGUUCGUCCUGGCGAUUAUGGAGCGGUUGGUUGCGGCGAUGAGGGGGAGGAUGGAGGUGGUGUGGAGGUACCGAGCCCACGUCCGGGCGACAUCCACAAGCCCAAACGCACUCGAGAAGAGCUACACCACCGCUUCAUCGUCGGCCGACAGCGCUGCGGUUCCAGACAAAACGCCGACCUUCAACAUCGGAUUCCUCGUCGGCACUCCCACUAGUCACAUUGCACCCUCGUUCAUCCUCACACACUCUCUCGCCCGGGGAGCGAUCCACGCACUCCAAGCGGCGUUAGGCUUCGCGUUCAUGCUCGUCGUCAUGACGUACAACGUCGGGUACAUCCUCUCCAUCAUCCUGGGCUUGGGCGUGGGCGAGACGCUUUUUGGACGGUUCGGAGUCGUCGGCGGAGGGGAGGGUUCGCACUAG